AUGGAACAUAAUUUGCCUAACAGUGAGGAUUUGGAAGAGGUUCCUAACGAGGAAUUUAUCUCUGCGAAUGAGAUUGAACAGGAGGUUGUUGGGGUAGAUAGCAUGGAGGAUGAAGAUAAUAUUUUGGAAGUGGAUAUGUCUAAUAAUUCUAGGACAUAUUUUGAUAAGCAUGAGGAUUCAGUGUUUGUAGUUGGGCACCAUCCUCGGCUGCCAUUGGUUGUUAGUGGUGGUGGAGAUAAUGUUGCUUAUCUGUGGACUUCACAUAGCGAGCCUCCUAAGGAGGCAGGGUGUAUUAAACACAGCGAGUCCGUGAUUGGGGUGGGGUUUACUGUGGAUGGUGAAUAUUUAGUGACAGCGGAUAUGAAUGGGAAGGUUUUAGUACAUAGAUCUAGUAAAGGAGGGCAAAAGUGGGUUCUUUUUGAGGAACUACAAGAGGUUGAUGAGAUUGUGUGGUUGAAAGUACAUCCUUGGAAGAAGGGCUACUUUGCCUUUGGAUCUAUUGAUGGGUCAGUGUGGUGUUAUCAGAUCGAUGAGGAAAGUAAAUCUUUGGUGCAUUUGAUGAGUGGGUAUUUACACUCUCAAGAAUGUACGAUGGGGGAAUUUUUGGAUGUUGGUGAUGAAGAGGACGACAGCUUAGUUCUAGUUACAUGUUCUUUAGACAGUACUAUUGUUGGUUGGAAUUGUCAUACUGGUCAAUCGAUGUUUAAGAUUUCUUCGUCGGAACUCAAGGGUUUUGAGGCUGGAUGGGUGAAUCUUUCAUGUGCGCCAUCUCAUAUGAACCAAGGAACACCUAUUGCUGCCUGCGGGUCUAACAAUGGUAUUAUGGUGGUGUUCAACGCGAUAACUGGUGCUAUGUUGAAUCUAACAACUGUAGUAGAGUUGAAGGAGGACCAAGAGGAAUUAGAUGCUUCCAUAGAAUCUAUUUCCUGGUCUUCAAAAACGAAUUGGAUGGCUAUUGGGUUGGUUUCAGGUGAUAUCUUGAUGUAUGAUACCAAGACUUGGAGGCUGAGACAUAAGUUUGUUCUUGAGGAUUCUGUGACAAAAUUGCAGUUUGAAGAAUCUACAGGUCAUAACAUCUUUGCUUCAUGUAUAAAUGGCAAGGUUUACCAAUUUGACGCCAGAACUGGUCAGGAGGUCUAUGUAUGCGUCGGACACAAUAUGGGUGUUCUCGAUUUUGUUUUGAUCGAACAAGGUAAGAAGUUGAUUACCGCUGGUGAUGAAGGUGUAUCAUUAGUAUUCCAGUUGCCUGGAAUUUAG